GCGGAAGCGGCAGCGGAAGUGGUGGCCCUCAUGUGAAGACCUACUUGGGUAAAGACCAGCGAGUCUACCUGUGCGAGUCCACCGAGCAAGGACACUGACAAGGCUCCACUCACCAAAGCACUUAAACCGUUCACAAGAUACAGAUGCAAGACAAAACGCAACCCACACAACCUACGGCCGCUUUGCACAUCAACACCUGCUCCACUCUCGUUCUCAGUGGGACUCUGGAACUGCCAGUCUGCUGUGAACAAAGCUGCCUUCAUUCCAGCUUUCGCCACGCAGUCCACCCUCAGCAUCCUGGCACUGACAGAGACAUGGAUACGUUUUUAGAUGUUGUUGUCAUCUAUCGCCCCCCCAGGUCAGCUGACAAGCUUUCUUGAGGAAUUGGAUGUCCUGCUGUCCUCCUUGCCAGAGGAUGGCAGGCCACUUGUGGUUCUUGGUGAUUUCAACAUACACCAGGACAAACCCCAGGCCAUUGAACUGAAUACUCUUCUGGCCUCAUUUGACUUGGAAAGACUACACACCACAGCAACUCACAGGUCGGGCAACCAGCUGGACCUCAUUUUUACACGUAACUGUGCCACCUCUAAUAUUCUUGUUACACCUUUACAUGUUUCUGAUCACUACUUUGUUCAAUUCAACAUGAUUCUCCCAUCCAUUGUAAAACCGACCCCACCUUUGGUUUCCAUUCGCCGUAACCUCCGUUCCCUAUCACCCUCUCUCCUUUCCACUGAUGUCUCUGCCUCUCUUCCCACAAUAAAUGUAUUUUCCAUGCUUGAUGUGAACACUGCCACAGACACACUUAGCUCUACUUUAACAACCUGUCUAGACAACAUCUGUCCUCUCUCCUCUAGACCAGCACGGACUACACCACCCAGCCCCUGGCUGUCUGAUGUCCUUCGUGAACAUCAGACUGAUCUCAGGGCAGCUGAGAGGAGAUGGCGGAAAUCUAAAGAUCCAGCUGAUCUAGGUAAAUAUCAGCUUCUGCUCGCAACUUUUUCAAAUAACUUUAAAACUGCAAAAACUUCAUAUUACCAGACCAAGAUCAACAGCACCACAGACACUCGUAGCUUGUUUAGAACAUUUAACACACUUCUCUGCCCUCCCCCUCCCCCACCUGACACAUCAUUGACAGCAGAUAUAUUCGCCACAUUUUUUACUGAUAAGGUUACAGCCAUACAAUCAGCAAUACAUUCACAGCACCACACCCUGUCAAACACCUGGCUCCUGUAUGCAACUCUUCUUUCCCUAUGUUCUCUCCUUUAACUGACACUGAGGUCUCUAAACUCCUCCUCUCCAACCACCCCACAACCUGUUCCCUUGACCCCAUUCCAUCACACCUUCUCCAGGCCAUCUCUCCGUCCAUCCUACCGGCACUUACAC